AUGCCCUUCCCGCGCAGGCCGCCGCCGCCGGCCUCGGCCCCCGGGGUCCUUGCCGGGGUCCCCGCCGCGCGGCCGCCGCCCCCGAGGCCCUGCGCGCCAGCCGCGCCCUCGCCGUCCUCCACGCCCGCCGCCGAGAGGAGGAAGCGGGCCCCGGAGCGCGGGACGCCGCUGUCCAGCUCGUGGCCCUGCGCCAACCUGAAGCGGCCGCCGGCGCGGCGCGGGCCCGGCCCGGCCCGGACGCAGACGCCGCCCCCCGCGCGCGCCAGCCGCGCCCCGGCCACCUGCGCGGCGCCCCGGCGGGCCGGCUGCGGCCCGGGCCCCGCGGGAGCGGCGUCCGCGGGUGCGCGGGCCGGGGCGGAGCCCGAAGACCCCACGCGCUUCUCCCUAAGCCUCGCCCUCGAGGCCGCCCCGGUCCUCCGGAGGCGCCACCCGGAGAGGCGGCAGCAGGCGCAGCCCGGCCGGCCGCCCUCGUCCCCCGGGCCCGCGCCCCGCGCCAGCACCGCCGGCCCGCCGAGGGGCGGCGCCGCCAGCGCCCCGGCCUCGUCCCCGACGCCGGCCCGCGCCCGCCGCCCGCCGCCCCGCGCCCAGCUGCUGCCCGGGGCCCUGCGGGCCUGGCCCUGGCCCGAGGGCCCGCGGCCGGUGGUCCGGGUGUCGCUGCUCAACGAGCAGCGCCGCUACGACGACCUGGAGUACGAGGAGGAGCCGCGGGAGGCGCCGCCCGACGAGGGCCUGGUGCGCCGCUGCACCGAGUGGCUGCGCGGCGUGGAGGCGGCGGCGGCGGCGCGGGGCCGCACGGGGCGCCUGGACUCGCUGCCGCACCUGGGCACCCUGUGA